AUGAAAUCUUAUCAGAUGCCUGAGCAGGUAGUCUUUUGGAAGUGGAUUAGCCCCAAAUUGUUGGGUCUUGUUACACAGACCUCUGUAUACCAUUGGUCAAUUGAAGGUGACUCUGAACCUGUUAAGAUGUUUGAGAGAACAGCGAAUUUGGCAAACAAUCAAAUAAUUAAUUACCGGUGCGACCCUACAGAAAAAUGGUUGGUCUUGAUUGGUAUUGCUCCUGGUUCCCCUGAGAGGCCACAAUUGGUUAAAGGAAACAUGCAACUCUUCUCAGUGGAUCAACAACGCAGCCAGGCCCUUGAAGCACAUGCUGCAGCAUUUGCUCAAUUUAAAGUUCCAGGCAAUGAAAAUCCUUCUGCUUUGAUUUCUUUUGCCACAAAGACGCUUAAUGCUGGGCAAAUUAUAUCCAAGUUGCAUGUUAGUGAGCUGGGUGCACAGCCAGGGAAGCCAUCAUUUACAAAGAAACAAGCAGAUCUUUUCUUUCCCCCAGAUUUUGCUGAUGACUUUCCAGUUUCCAUUCAGGUACCGAAGUUGCUGAUAUCCCACAAUUACAGCUUGAUUUAUGUGAUUACCAAACUUGGUCUCCUAUUUGUCUAUGAUUUGGAGACAGCUACCGCUGUAUAUAGGAACAGAAUUAGUCCAGACCCUAUAUUUUUGACAUCAGAAGCUACAUCAGUGGGAGGCUUUUAUGCCGUUAACAGGAGAGGCCAGGUGUUAUUGGCUACUGUUAAUGAGCAAACAAUUGUAAAUUUCGUCAGUGGUCAAUUAAACAACUCGGAGCUAGCAGUUAAUCUCGCCAAGAGAGGAAAUCUUUCUGGCGCUGAGAAGCUGGUUGUGGAACGUUUCCAUGAAUUAUUUGCCCAAACAAAGUAUAAAGAAGCAGCUGAGCUUGCUGCUGAAUCUCCACAAGGAAUCCUUCGGACACCUGAUACAGUUGCCAAAUUUCAGAGUGUUCCUGUGCAAGCUGGGCAAACUCCUCCUCUAUUGCAAUAUUUUGGAACACUCUUAACGAGAGGAAAGCUGAAUGCCUUUGAGUCAUUAGAACUGUCACGGCUGGUUGUGAACCAGAACAAGAAAAAUCUUUUGGAGAAUUGGUUGGCAGAGGACAAGCUUGAAUGCAGUGAGGAGCUAGGAGAUCUUGUAAAGGUUGGGUAUACACCUGACUAUCUCUUCCUUUUGCAAACGAUUCUCCGGACAGAUCCUCAGGGUGCUGUUAAUUUUGCAUUAAUGAUGUCGCAAAUGGAGGGCGGUUGCCCAGUUGAUUACAAUACCAUAACCGAUCUGUUUCUUCAGAGAAACCUGAUCCGUGAGGCAACUGCCUUUCUCCUAGAUGUUUUGAAGCCAAAUCUACCAGAAUAUGGGUUCCUUCAAACAAAGGUGUUGGAGAUAAAUCUGGUAACUUUCCCUAAUGUUGCUGAUGCAAUUUUGGUUAAUGGCAUGUUCAGCCAUUACGACCGUCCUCGUAUUGCCCAACUUUGUGAAAAAGCUGGUCUUUAUGUGCGAGCUUUGCAACAUUACACAGAGUUGCCAGAUAUAAAACGUGUGAUUGUAAAUACACAUGCAAUUGAGCCACAGUCACUUGUUGACUUUUUUGGUACUCUGUCGCGAGAAUGGGCAUUAGAGUGCAUGAAAGACCUAUUGCUGGUCAAUCUUAGAGGCAACCUGCAGAUAAUUGUGCAGGUUGCUAAAGAAUAUUGUGAACAAUUGGGCAUUGAUGCUUGCAUAAAGAUUUUUGAGCAGUUCAGGUCGUAUGAAGGACUGUAUUUUUUCCUUGGAUCAUAUUUGAGCUCCAGUGAGGAUCCUGACAUUCACUUUAAGUACAUUGAGGCAGCAGCAAAGACUGGACAAAUCAAAGAGGUCGAGCGUGUGACUAGAGAAUCAAUUUUCUAUGAUCCUGAGAAAACGAAAAACUUUCUAAUGGAAGCUAAGCUUCCUGAUGCACGACCUCUGAUAAAUGUUUGUGACCGAUUUGGAUUUGUUCCAGAUCUAACACACUAUCUAUACACAAACAACAUGCUUCGCUACAUUGAAGGUUAUGUUGAGAAGGUGAACCCAGGGAAUGCUCCUUUAGUUAACCCCUUGAAUCGGCUUCGUUUGCUCACAGUUUUUGGAACAUCUCGUAAGCAGGGAAGCCAGGAUGUACAUGUUCAUAAUGCAUUGGGUAAAAUCAUCAUUGAUAGCAACAACAACCCAGAACAUUUUCUCACCACCAACCCAUACUAUGAUUCGCGAGUUGUGGGCAAAUAUUGUGAGAAAUGUGAUCCCACCUUGGCAGUUGUAGCCUACAGGCGAGGACAAUGUGAUGAUGAACUUAUCAAU